AUGGAAAAGAUUUCGCAGAGGCUGAAGAAGUCUCAUACAACCACAAAGAUCUUUAACCAUUAUAUUGGUAAAGUCCCUAUCGAAGAUCUUACUUGGGGGCACGUUGUUGCUGUCAUCAUCAUAUUCGGGAAGGCUAAGGUCAAAAACUCGACAUUUGGGAAGAAAGCCCAGAUCAAGUUCCCACGGGCCAAUAUUGCAACGAUGGUCCCAAACACUAAUAUGCCAACUCUGACCGAUACCACGAUCAAAAGGCGUGGUGGAAGAAAAUCAAGCAAGACGCUGUCACGGAUCCAAGACUCUGCCGAUGAAGGUGACACAGACGACAACACAGACGAGGACAACAUAUACGACGAGGACGAUGAAGUCUUGUUGGAUGAAGAUUGUCUGACAAAGCAAUGGAAGAGCUUGGAGAGUCGACGAUAUUUGAUCCAACAAGUCUUCAGCCCCAAGCCAGGCGAGCACCUUCCUACCAACAGAUAUAUUUGGAUGAACCCUUAG